AUGUCCAGCAACAACACACUCAGCCUCCUCGUCUCGCCAGGCUUCCGUUCGGCUGCCUAUCUCGGCAACGCGCUCUGGUUCACGUCUGCAGCUGUGCACUUUGGCCUCUUUCCCGAGUUUAUGAUGGGCAAGCUCAGCACGCGCAAGGCAGACGUAAAGACGAUUGAGACGCCCAAUGGAGACAGCCACCAUCACGACCUCAUGCGCUACCUGGGCGCCAUCAACGUCGGCUACGCGGUCCUGGCUGGCAUCCGUCUCGCCCCAUUUGUGAUCCGGCGAUUCAGCAGCGAUGCAAAGACAAACGUAAAGGCGGCUGUCAAGUGGGACCACGAUGCCUUUGACAUCGUCGCAUUCACCGUGCUGGGCACCGCCAACCUGUCGCAGGCCCUCCUCAACUGGUUCUGGGCCAAGCCGAGCGGACGCUGGAUCAUUGGCCACCUCAUCAACGGCAAGCCAGACCGCAUCACUGUCCUGGACACGCUCUUUUCCGUCGUUGACUUUGCCAUUGUGGGUGCCCGUCUGGCUGGCUUCUAA